UGGGAGAUGGAUUCCACCCAGGAAGGAGCUGUGUAUUUCAUCAACCAUAAUGAAAGACGGAACACAUUUCUACACCCACUGACCGGCCAGGUCCCAGAGGAAAACAAAAAGUUUGACUUGAAAAUAUCGACCUUGGACAUGUCCAAUAAAACAGGUGGGAAACGCCCAACUACCGCCAACAGUGACCUAUCCAACCACAACAUGGUGUCCGAGGUCCCUCCAGAGCGGCCCAGUGUCCGGGCCACCCGGACGCCCCGCAAGGCCAUCGCUUUUGGCAAGCGCUCGCACUCCAUGAAGCGGAACCCCAGUGCUCCUGUCACCAAGGCAGGCUGGCUUUUCAAGCAGGCCAGCUCCGGGGUUAAGCAGUGGAAUAAGCGCUGGUUCGUCCUGGUGGAUCGCUGCCUCUUCUACUAUAAAGACGAGAAGGAGGAGAGCGUCCUGGGCAGCAUCCCCCUCCUGAGCUUCCGGGUGGCUGCGGUGCAGCCCUCAGACAACAUCAGCCGAAAACAUACCUUUAAGGUGACUGUGUGCUGGGUGGACGAGGCUGGGGACAGUUCCACGCACUGCCUCUCCCCACAGGCUGAGCACGCCGGGGUCCGCACCUACUUCUUCAGUGCCGAGAGCCCCGAGGAGCAGGAGGCCUGGAUCCAGGCCAUGGGGGAGGCUGCCCGAGUACAGAUCCCCCCAGCCCAGAAGUCAGCGCCCCAAGCUGCACGUCACAACCACGAGAAGCCAGACUCUGAGAACAUCCCACCCAGCAAACACCACCACCAACCCCCCCAAAACAGCCUUCCCAAGCCUGAACCAGAGGCCAAGACUCGAGGAGAGGGUGAUGGCCGAGGCUGCGAGAAGGUGGAGAGGAGGCCUGAGAGGCCUGACGUCAAGAGCGAGCCUCUGGUGAAAGCCAAUGGUGUCCACGCUGGACCAGAACCAGCCUCAGACCCGGGCAGCCCUUACCCUGAGGGCCCAAGGGUCCCAGGAGGUGGGGAGCGGCCCACCCAGCCCAACGGCUGGCAGUAUAGCUCCCCGAGCCGGCCGGGGAGCACAGCUUUCCCACCUCAGGACUCAGAAAGUGGGGGGCAACGGCGGAGCUUCCCCCCACGUGCCAACCCCGACAAAAUCGCCCAGCGCAAGAGCUCCAUGAACCAGCUUCAGCAGUGGGUGAACCUGCGCCGAGGGGUGCCCCCUCCUGAAGAUCUUCGGAGUCCCUCUAGGUUCUACCCUGUGUCCCGUAGGGUCCCUGAGUAUUACAGCCCCUACUCCUCCCAGUACCCUGAUGAUUACCAGUACUACCCGCCAGGCGUGCGGCCGGAUAGCAUCUGCUCCAUGCCGGCCUACGAUCGGAUCAGCCCACCCUGGGCCCUGGAGGACAAGCGGCACUCCUUCCGGAAUGGAGGCGGCCCCGCCUUCCAGCUGCGUGCGUGGAAGGAGCCUGCCAGCUAUGGGCGGCAGGAUGGUACCACCUGGAUCCCCAGCCCCUCCCGGCAGCCUGUCUAUUAUGAUGAACUGGAUGCCGCCUCCGGCUCCCUGCGACGCCUGUCCUUGCAGCCCCGUUCCCACUCUGUGCCCCGCUCGCCAAGCCAUGGGUCCUACAGCCGCGCCCGCAUUUUCUCCCCCAUCCGCUCACCCAGUGCCCGUUUCGAGCGGCUGCCACCUCGCAGUGAGGACAUCUAUGCUGACCCUGCUGCCUAUGUGAUGAGGCGAUCCAUCAGCUCCCCCAAGUAUGAUUACCUGGGAGACAGGCGGCCAGUCCCUGCAGGACUGUUCCCCUACAACUACCCACCAUCCCCCACGGUCCACGAUAAGAUGAUGAGUGAGAGUGAGACUCUCAUCAGUAUGGUGAACCGCAUGGUGGAGAACUCCUCCCCCAGGGCCCAACUCUUCAUGCAAGUCCCUCCAUACCCAGAAGUGUUCCGGGACAGCCUCCACACCUACAAGCUAAACGAGCAAGACACAGAUAAGCUGCUGGGCAAGUUGUGUGAGCAGAACAAGGUGGUGAGGGAGCAGGAACGGCUGGUGCAGCAGCUCCGAGCUGAGAAGGAGAGCCUGGAAAGUGCCUUGAUGGGGACCCAUCAGGAACUGGAGAUGUUUGGAAACCAGCCUGCCUACCCAGAGAAGCUGCUACACAAGAAGGAGUCGCUGCAGAACCAGCUCAUCCACAUCCGGGUGGAGCUGUCUCAGGCAACCACGGCCCUGUCGAACAGCACCGUGGAGUAUGAGGGCCUGGAGGCAGAGGUCUCUGCCCUGCACGACGAGCUCUGGGAGCAGCUCAGCUUGGACUUUCAGAAUGAGGUGCUCAACCGACAAAUCCAGAAGGAGAUCUGGAGGAUCCAGGAUGUGAUGGAGGGGCUGAGGAAGAAUAACCCAUCCCGGGGCACAGACACAGCCAAGCACAGAGGAGGACUUGGCCCCUCAGGCACCUACAGCUCCAACAGCCCCGCCAGCCCUCUCAGCUCCACCAGCCUCACCAGCCCCCUGAGCCCUUUUUCAUUGGUGUCUGGCUCUCAGGGGUCCCCCACUAAGCCCGGGUCCAAUGAGCCCAUGGCAAGCCAUGAGCAAAGCAAGAAAGACCCCCACCAGACCUCACCCCUGGACACCACUAGAGACAUCAGCCUUGUGCCCACCAGGCAAGAGGUGGAAGCAGAGAAGCAGGCAGCUCUCAACAAAGUUGGCAUUGUGCCCCCUCGGACAAAGUCACCCGCUGAUGAAGGAGUGACCCCGUCGGGGGUGGUGAAGAGGAGUGCCAGCGGGCUCGCCAAUGGGCUCUCCUCCCGGCAGGAGCGCCCCAAGAGUGCUGUGUUCCCUGGCGAGGGCAAGGUCAAGAUGAGCGUGGAGGAGCAGAUUGACCGUAUGCGGCGGCACCAGAGCGGCUCUAUGAAGGAUAAGCGGAGGAGCCUGCAACUCCCGGCCAGCCCGGCCCCCGACCCCAGUGCCCGGCCCGCCUACAAAGUGGUGCGCCGUCACCGCAGCAUCCAUGAGGUGGACAUCUCCAACCUGGAGGCAGCUCUGCGGGCAGAGGAGCCUGGUGGGCAGGCCUACGAGACACCACGGGAGGAGAUUGCCCGGCUCCGCAGAAUGGAGCUGGAGCCCCAGCACUAUGAUGUGGAUAUCAGUAAGGAGCUCUCCACCCCAGACAAAGUCCUCAUCCCUGAGCGGUACAUUGACCUGGAGCCUGACACUCCCCUGAGCCCAGAGGAGUUGAAGGAGAAGCAGAAGAAGGUGGAGAGGAUCAAGACGCUCAUUGCCAAGUCCAGUAUGCAGAACGUGGUGCCCAUCGGCGAGGGGGACCUUGUGGACGUGCCCCAGGACUCAGAGAGCCAGCUGCAGGAGCAGGAGAAGCGGAUUGAAAUCUCCUGUGCCCUGGCGACCGAGGCCUCCCGCAGGGGCCGCAUGCUGUCUGUGCAAGCCCUGGCUGAGGCCAAUGCCGUGAAGCUCCACAGAACCACGUUCUGAAGCCUGCCUCUGCCCAUCCUGGCCCCCUGGCCCCCCGCCCCUGUGCUCCCAUGGGAAUGCCACAGAGAGCCAGGCUGGGGGCCGGGCUUCUGCCGAGAGGAGCACAGAUGCCUCGGUGUCCACAUACCCACGGCGCCCGGCCCUGAAGUCCUUGCUGCUCAGACGGUGGUCCUAGGCCAGGGCGUGAGAUGGUGGGGCGAGGAGCGCCAUCCUAUCUGAUGCCCACGGCACAGGGAGCCUAGGUCUGGCUCUAACUGGGGUUGUGAUGGCCCUACUGGAACACUCCCUGAUGGAGAAGAUGCCCUGGUGGGGAAUGCGCCCUGGGCUAUCUUAGGUUAGGACUCCUCUCUUGACACCGAGAAUGGCACCCACCGUCACCCCCUUCCCCCAUCACCCCCGCCGUCCUGCCCCAGCUGUGCCCAGGGUCUUGGCACAUCUCUGCUUAUGGGUACUCCUUUGGGGUCCAGUGGAGACUGACCACCCUGCCUGAGCCAAAGACAAGAUGAUGAGAGAUGGGGAGAGGCUCCUCGGCUCCCAGAAGACAGUGCUGGCUGUGGAUAGAGAGAAGCAGGUCUGUGCAGUGUCUGAGGGCAGGUUGAGAAGGGUAGCAGAGAGAGAGGGAGAGGUCUCAGGACAGUGGGAGGAAAGGGAAGCAGCAGGACUCAUGCGCAAGCAGGAGGAGGAGGACGGAGAUGAGAAGGGGUAGGGGAUUGGUUUCCCCAAGGUGGAACCUUAGGUUAGUGCCAAGUACAGUGCCAGCUGUUGGCUCUGCUUCUCCCACCUCGUCCCCAGGAUCAGCAGGGCUGCCAGACCGAGGUCCUGCCAUGGAGCACACUGCUGUGGGUAUGGAGGUGUGAGCUGAGGGCCCGGGCAGCAGCAGUCUGGGAGAUGGCUCUUUCUAGGUCUGGGCCUGGUUCUGGGGUCAGGAGCAGAGAGAAGGACCUGUCUUACGGAGGGUGUGGUCAGCCUUGGGGCCUUUCCUAAACAUUUCUGUGACAUUAUCUUGUCUCCCUUCCCCCUGAAAUGUGCUGUGGGCCAACUGAGCAUGUGCCCUGCAAAGAGGGCAUGUGGCCUUAGUCUGGUAGGCCAGAUUCUGGGGCCCUACGCUGCACCCAGGCAUCCCAGGCAUCCCAGAUGAGGACAAGCUGAGGUUGUAUGGAAGGUCUCCCUUCUAGCUUGGCUCACUCACAACCCACCUACCCAGGGAGCCACUAGUGGAGUGACCGAAGCAAAGCCCAUUCUCCCUAUGCUCCACCCACCUUCAGAUGAAUGUAGCCAGAGAGGAUGGAGGAGAGAGAGUGAAGCUGAAUAACCUUGGCCCCUAGGCCUUCUCUUUGCCAGAGUUGCUGCCCAGAGACUUCAUUCUGACCUCCAGCGGCCCCAAGAAUGAUUACUUCAUCUUCCAACAAUUCCUCUCCACUCCUUCAUGGCUGGGACAGUUAUGGUUCAUAUGCAAGUAAAGUUGACAAUUCACUCAACAAAUAUUUAUUGAGCACCUUUUAUGUACCAGGCACUGUUCUAGGUGCUUAGGAUAUUCUCAUGCUUCUGAGGGUUUACAGACGGGAUUCCACUUACCUUCACUUCUAGCAGGUUUUUUGAACAUGACCCUUGGCUGCAGUUCCCAUCUUCAGCACAGCUCAAGCACCCCAAACCUGUCCUCCCCCCGCACACACUGGCAGGUGGGAUUGGCUCCCAGGUAACCGUCUCUCCCUUCUCCAUCUUCUCCCACACCUUAUCCAUCCAUAAGAAACGGAUUUUUCGGGGCCUUCCAUGCCUUCCCCUUUCUUUGUCUGUGUCUCCUUUUUUUUUUAAGUGAUAUUUUUAGAAAUACAUGUAAAAUACCAAGGGUUAAUGUCUGCCCCUCUGCCACCUCUCUCUCACCUCUUAUUUCAUAAAGCUGGCUCUUUAUGUUGCUUUACAUGCCUUAAUAUAUGUUUUAUGAAGAUUAUACAUAUUAUAGAUGUAUAUGUAAUAUAUAUAUAUAUAUAUUUGUUUGGAUGUCUGAUCCUUUACUAGAACUCCUGCCCAGGCCCAUUUUCUCUCCUUUACUUUCCACAUCAUUCCUAGCAUACUGCGGCCAUACCCCAUGCCUUUUGAUCCAAAGAAGGGGAGAGGAAAGACUUAUUUUAAGACAGAUCUAUUUUACGCUUUUGUUAUAAAAGCAAAUCUAUUUUCAAAAUGUGCAAUGUCUGAAUGGAAUUGGCAAAUGAUGUGAGGAGACUGGGAUGGCUGCCUCUAGGUCCAACCCUCCACCCUUCCCUCCUCCUCAGCAGGCAGCUUCCUUCCUCCCAUUCCCCAGUCUGCAAAGGGCUGGUCCCCAGAGCUCACCCGGAGAGGAUCUUGCCAGGGCAGGACAUUCUCUUGCAAGUCCUGGUCUAAGGAUUUGAUUACACUGUCAACUUUUGAUGACUCUCUAGGGUUAUUGGGUGUGAACCCUCUUCGAGGAAAUGUUUACAGUUGUGUGCACAAAAGUACAGCCUUGCAGGCACACACACCCCAGAUGUGCUCCUGGACCACCUCCUUUAUCACCCUGCUGGAAAGGGCAGCCUACACCAAACAGCACUGAGAAUGUCAGUCUAUUCUUUGAUGGACCUAGAAUAUGGUGCAACGGCCAAAGGAAACGGGUUGGCAUCACGGGUCCUUCGGGGCAGAUACAUUCAAGUUCCUUGGACUUCUCACACUCCUUUUCACUUGAUCCCUCACUGGUCUGGGUGACACCUAUGGCAUCUGUCUCCCUCUGUGACCUUUCUUCUGGGGGCCGUUGUUAAGGGGAUGGUACCCCAGUCUGGCAUCCAGACUGCGAAGUCAGCCCGGAGGGUCCCACGGACAAGGUACAUCUCAGACUUGCCAAGGACUUUCUUGCUGCUGGGGUCCUGAGCUAAGCCAGCUCAGCUUUCCAGACUGCUUAUCGACUAUUGAAGUGGGCAAGGGGCUCUCGCCUUGCAAGAAUUUGGGCAGAAUGGAUGUCUUUUGUCCAGAUCUGGAAUCAAGGGUUUUGGAAUCUAGCACAGAGCUCCUGGCCAGCAUGUGAAGCCUGGCUUCCCACUUUGGCAUUUGCUGGUACCCUAUUCCCAGCCUAAAGCAGCUUGCUGUGAAUGAAGGGGGCCUAGAUGGAGGCCCAGGGGGAAGUAACCGACCUGGUGACAGCCCUGGUUACUAAUCUAGGGCCUUCCCAAUUAGCACAUUACCUCCCUCAUCAAUAACCAAGAAGCUGUAAUCAAAUACUGAUACUGUCACUUUAGAGUUUUUCUGAGGUUGCAAGCUGUGCGCACUUGCUCCCCUUGGUGAGAGGGAUCCUCUUGGAGCAGGGCUGACUAUAGCAAGACAGAAUUAAUUCCUUUCCCUUUAGGUACCCCCUGACAACCUGGCAGCUCUUAAAACUAAGGAAAAUAUGAAAUAUACAUAUAUAUAUAUAUAUAUAUACACACACACAUAUCUAUUUAUGCACAUAUUGGGGCCAAUUUGAUUUGCUAGUAUUAGACAAUAAACCGUACAAGGAAAUUUAUGACUCAGUGUCUUUAUUUAGUAUAAAAGUGACCUUAGAAGAAGAGUUAAGAUUAGAUAAACAGAGGGCAUCUCUGUCAGGGGACCAAACAGCCGUACCAGCCCCUUAGCAUCUUUCUAGCCAAUGAGCCCCUCCCCAGGGAGGGGCCAUCCUGACUGACGGGCGAGAGCUUGCUUCCCUCUCAGCAGCAUUCUUUUUAGAUAUAGGUACUGAAGCACCCAGUGAGUUCUGCAUUUGUAUCUUGCAAGUUUGUAUAAACCCUAUGCAGGGAAUAAAUGGUUUGUACAA